AUGCAUGUAACGACAAGGCUUGCACACCAAGAGGGGCAGGGGCGAUGUUUUUGCAUGUUUAAGAUUCAAGGGGGUAUUUCAGGUUUGGCUCAAACAUGUGUUCCAAGCGGCAAAACGGACAGACGUGUUCCCAAAUGCCUCCAGUGCCCGGCUGCCACGGACGUCGCCAUGGACCCGGCAGCUUUGAAGGCUCGGCUCCAAGCUGAUCAGGGAAACCAGCGUGCGAAACAACGAAGCCCUGCCGAGCUAACCCGGAGCAAAGGUUCUGUGAAACGGUUGGAGACACAGUGGGUACCUACCUGGUGGGAUGCCAGUUGCUCCGCCAUGCACUGGACGUUGAAUGCCUGA